CGAAUUCUCCUUUUACAUGCAUUUAGAUAGGAGCAUCCGAGCUAAAGCUUCCUCUUAAGUCUUCGCGAAAAAAUACACUCGUCUGGAUCGGCCAACAAUCUAGACUGAUAAAGCCGUCGACACGACUUAUCGCAAGUUUAGUGUGAAAACAAUCGACGCUUACAAUAAGACGGCGAAGUGACUCUGGGUUGAUCCGAAAAGUUGGCAGAGCUUCUAGCAUCUCAAGUGGAGAAAAAAGGAUAGAAAGAGAAUGAGAUUAAUGAAAGGUGAAAAUGUCAGCAGUGCUAUAUAUGCAAGGCUUGCUACUUCAGAUAAGCUGUUUGAGAUGGCAUGGAGAAGAUAAUACAGGAUGAGGAAAAGACGAAAGCAAAAAUAAAAAAAUAAUAAUAUUUAGGCAACCAAGAAUAAAUAAUUGAAACCCAGAUUACUAACAAAAGUUCGUAAAAUGUGUUCUAGACCUGACAGGGGUAAGUAUAACAGCAGGGACAUCGCGGCUCGCAUUGCGUCCCCACUUCUUUCACGAGGCCCUAAAAAACCAUUAGCCCUUCCUUAUUUGUACAAGUGUGCUAAGUAAAUUCAUUGAUAUUGACCGCAUGGGGCUAUAGCAGAGACAGUAGAGCCACUAUACUACUGCCUGAUCACAGGGGGGAAAUGCGUUUUUUGGAAAAGUAUGAGUAACUUCAUUGCCUUUAAAAUGCCGCUGGAGGCAUACCAGCAUGAAAUCCUCUUUAUACAUUACUAUGGUUCACGCAACUAUUUCACUUCCUGUUAUCUCUUUGGCUAAGCGAAUUCAGUGCGCACUUCGGGAUGCUGAAUUUCUAUGAACAUCCGGUUAGAUGAUUUAGUAAUCUGAACGUAUACUGAUAACGGCGGAAACAACAUUAAAAUGUUAUUUGUUAACCUGUGAACAUAGCCACACAAACAUAAUUAAAAUACGCUUGAGUACUUACCUACACUUCAGCUUUACUGUAAAGCAGUCUUACUACUGAUAAAGAUUGAUCACGCGUCUGGCACGGUCAUAACUACUAAACCAAUUUAGGGUAGAUAUCGCGUCUGGUAACGGUUAUAUUAUUCAUAUCGGCGUGUUUUUGCACUCGUAAAGGACAAGAAACACAAAGUGACAGACACGAGCUUUAAACUUCCAACUGCGUAGGAUGAAGUUCGUGUACCAAACAUGAUAUGACGUACUUCCAGUUUGGUUACUGCCCAUGGAGUGACAGGAAAAAAAAAACACAGAGCAGCUGAAUCAGUAGGACAUGACGCUAACACGUAGGGAACGCACUAAAAGCCUAAACGUAGGCAACACGCAGGACUGAUACAUGCAGGACUCGAAGGACGCAAGACACAAACAAAAUUAAGUUGGAAGUUCACGCAAAAAACAGACGAUAUGGAUUACUCCACUCGUUCAAGUUAUAUUGCAUGACUUAGUGCAUUUCACAACACUGCAUAGUAGGAACAGUGCAAAGAAUGUUUUGUGGUGUAUAGCAGAGUUGAGAAAGUUACCGUUUAAUUUUUUUUUUCAUAUCCUCAGCGUCUGCUCGCGAGAAUAAAGUAUGCAACGACUCUUGAUUCAUUAAGAACGAGGAGAUGGCAGCAUGAAUUAUAUAAAGACUAAACACACGUGGAUGAUAUUUAAGAGGAAAAAAUGGUGUGACGCAGGUCACACUACGCGUAAUAAAAAUUACCGAUGUAAUAUCAUACAGCAAAAAUAAUGGAUGUUAGGAGAAGGGAAACGCUAGCGAAGGUGACGGAAGACUAGAUAAUGCAAAAUUCUUGGCUUAGACUGCAGUCGGCUGACGCAAGAUUACGUAAUUAGAUAUCACUUUGUAUGACUGAAAGUAUCUGUAAGAGAAAGUGUCGUGAUCUUGUAUGUUGUCGAGAAAGGGAAAGAAUGUCAAUAUUUUGUUUAUGGGCUGUGUUUGAUAGAGACUAUUGAGACGGAAAAACAUGUAUCGAUAUCUUCGAGUAAAUAAUUUUAAUCUUGCCAGAGACUACGGACGUUUCUUGUAUUCUGCUGCUUGCAUUUCCUAUUGUAGGUAUGCUGCAAAGAACAGGAACUUCUGGAAAAACCAGAAUGUCCCCCAUGAAGAGUUCUCGUUAGUAUUUGGACCAGCUAGAAGACUGCUGUUACAGCCAAUGGCCUUAAGUGACCAGGAAAGAUAUCAGAAGAUGGGAAAGCUCUUUGGCGUCUACGAAGGAGGCAAACCAAAACUUGUGGUAGCUGAGCCGGAUUUGGUGAAGCAGGUUCUCGUGAAGGACUUCUUCAUGUUGCCAAACCGAAGAACGCACGCUAUCUCCGACCCAAUUUUCGACAACAUGAUGGCAUUGGCACCCUUAGAAAUUUGGAGAAAGACCAGGCCAGCCGUGAGCCCCGCGUUCUCGACGGGGAAGUUGCGAAAGAUGAAUGUUUUAAUUCAGGACUGCGCGAGGGCUACCUGCAAGCACUUAAAGGCAGCGGCAGAACAGCAGCUCGACGUUGACGUCAAGCAGUUUUACGGCCACUACUCGCUGGACGUGAUCGCGAGGUGUGCGUUCGGGACAACGCUCGACUCUCACACGGACGCCACGAACGAGUUCGUAACGCAGGCUAGGAAGGCGUUCUCGGCGCGGGUGUCAUGGAAAGUCCUUCUCCUAGUGCUCUUUCCUGAGCUGGUCAAGUAUUUGAAGCUCAACAUAUCGAGAGGCGGUCCUGCUCAAUACUUCAAAGAAGUGUGCCAGCGCAUUAUCAGUGACAGACGCGAGAAUGGCAAGCGUCAAGAAGAUUUCCUUCAGCUUAUGAUAGACGCGCAAGAUGGCAAGCUGACUGCUUCUGAAGAAACUCCAUCCGACCUGGAGACCAAGAUGUUCGAUGUUGGAACGGAUACAAAGCCGGAGUCCACGAUUUCCACAAAACGUCUCACUGAAGUGGAAGCAAUGGCCCAAUGCGUGCUCUUUUUUCUGGCUGGCUUAGAAACCACUUCUUCGACCUUAGCAUUUGCCACGUACCAUCUUGCUUUGAACCCUGAUGUGCAAGAGAAGCUGAGAAAAGAAGUCGACGAAUGCAUGGCGGCACACGGUCCUGAGCCAAGUCUGGACGUUAUAUCAAAGUUAAAGUACCUGCACUGCGUUGUGUCGGAAACACUACGCCUUUAUCCACCUGCCACAAGGCUCGAACGCUACGCGGUCGAGGAUUACGUGCUCGGUAAAACCGGCAUCAAGAUUCCCAAAAACAGCUCCGUCAUCGUUCCCAUAUACGCCAUGCAUCGCGAUCCUGCUGCAUUUCCCGACCCGGAAAACUUCGUGCCGGAAAGAUUCAGCGAAGAUAACGUGGAGUCGAUACAGCCGUACACGUACCUUCCUUUCGGAGCUGGGCCAAGGAACUGCAUAGGUAUGCGCCUGGCGCUGCAGUCCGUCAAGUUGUGCUUGAUUCACUCCCUGCACAACGCGCAAUUCGUGCGCACGGAGCAGACAAAGGUUCCAGUGCAGCUUAAGAUUGGAAUUGGAGUUUUGACUGCAGAAGAUUUUACGAUCGGAGUACGCAGAAGACCAGCAACGUUCGUUCUGUCCGAAGUGUACGAAGCAGGCUCUGCAAUGACUUUCCCAUUUAGCUUAGUUGAUGCGAUCAUCGUUUGUGCGACUGCUUGCUUUCUGCUUUACACAUAUGCGGCAAGGCAUCGAAACUACUGGAAAAACCAGAAUGUGGCACACGAGAAGUUUUCUUUGAUAUUUGGACCUGCCAAGAGAUUGCUGUUAAAGCCAGUAUGUCUGAGUGAUCAAGAACGAUACAAGAAAUACGGACGAUUAUUCGGUGCUUACGAGCAAGGAAAACCAUGCCUUUUUGUAGCCGAACCUGAUCUGAUAAAGCGGGUCCUCGUCAAGGACUUCCAGGUUUUGCCAAACAGAAAGCAGCGACGCACGUCAAAUCUCCUACUGGACAACAUGAUGGUCAUUGCAACCGUUGAGCGCUGGCGAUCAAUACGCCCCGCAUCUAGUCCAGCAUUCUCGACUGGGAAGCUGCGUAAGAUGAACGCGUUGAUUCAAGAUUGCGCGAGAACGACAUGUAAGCAUCUCAAAGAAGCUGCGGAGAGAAACGAUGACAUCGAUGUCAAAAGGUUCUUUGGUCAUUACUCACUCGACGUGAUCGCAAGGUGCGCGUUCGGCACAAGACUUGACUCCCACACAGACGCCACCAACGAGUUUGUGACGCAAGCCAGCAAAGCAUUUUCCGCAAGAGUGUCCUUGAGGCUGCUUAUUGCAGUGCUUUUUCCGGGACUCGUGAAGUACUUCAGCAUUAGAAUAGCAACAGGCAGCGAGUUUGAGUACUUCAAAAAUGUUUGUCAGCGCAUCAUAAACGAGAGGCGUCAGGAAGGUUUUCGUCAAGAAGAUUUUUUGCAGCUCAUGAUGGAUGCUCAGGAAGGUAGCCUUGCUUCAAGUGAUGAUGGCGUAGCAGACCCAGAGAGCAAACUAUUCGACGUUGGUUCGGAAAAUAAGCCAGAGACGACGAAGAGCACUAAACGUCUGAGUGAAAUCGAAGCCAUGGCGCAGUGCGUGCUCUUCUUUCUGGCCGGUCAAGAGACCACGUCGUCAACGAUAGCCUUCGCCACCUACCUGCUUGCUCUCAAUCCCAACGUCCAAGAAAAGCUGCGAAAAGAAGUGGACGAUUGCAUUGCGGCGAAUGGCCCGGAGCCCAGCUUGGACGUCAUAUCCAAGCUGAAGUACAUGCACUGCGUGGUAUCGGAAGCGUUACGCUUGUUCCCGCCUCUAACAAGGCUUGAACGGUCAGGCUACGAUGACUACACUCUUGGCGACACGGGUAUCAAGCUUCCGAAAGAGUGCUCUAUUAUGAUCCCCGUUUAUGCGAUGCAUCACGACCCGGAGCUGUUCCCCGAUCCUGAAAGCUUCAGACCUGAACGAUUCAGCGACGAGAACGUAGACUCUGUCCAACCAUACACUUAUCUUCCUUUCGGUGCUGGGCCACGGAACUGCAUUGGGAUGCGCCUCGCCCUUCAGUCCGUCAAGCUGUGCCUGCUUCAUUCGUUACAUAGCGUUCAGUUCGUUCGCACAGAUAAAACAAAGGAUCCCUUGACCAUUAAGAAAGGACUUGGUGUCUUAACAGCAGAAGACGUCACUGUUGGAAUACGGAGAAGGCCGAGUCAACACGUCUAGAUAUGGCGUCACGAAAGCACAAAAGUUCACUUUGUAUUGUGUGGUGCUAGCGAGAGAGAAGCAUGAGUUUCUAGGAAAUAGAAACGAUUCCACAUAUAAAUUAAGAAAAGGAAUCGUACCAAUAAAAUAACCCAUGUCCACCUG